AUGUCUUGGUCAGUGUUUGUCAGGUUCAACUCCAGCCAUGGUUUCCCAGUGGAGGUCGAUUCCAAUACCAGCAUCUUCCAGCUAAAGGAGGUGGUUGCUAAGCGACAGGGGGUUCCAGCUGACCAGUUGCGUGUGAUUUUCGCUGGGAAGGAGCUUCGGAAUGACUUGACAGUGCAGAGCUGUGACCUGGAUCAGCAGAGCAUCGUUCAUGUCGUGCUGAGACCCUGGCACAAAGGCCAAGAAAGGGAGGCCACUGGACAGGACAGCCCAGGAAACGCCGUGGAGGGCUCGGAGAAAGAGCCUGAGAGCUUGACACGCGUGGACCUCAGCAGCUCCGUCCUCCGGGCCCACUCGGUGGGUCUGGCUGUGAUCCUGAACAGCGACUAUGAGGGGACCCUGCCAACUGGAAGGCCAGCAGGUAGAGGAACCUACAACAGCUUUUAUGUUUAUUGCAAAGGCCCCUGUCAAAGAGUACAGCCAGGAAAACUCCGGGUGCAGUGCAGCACCUGCCAGCAGGCAACGCUCACCUUGGCCCAGGGUCCCUCUUGCUGGGACGAUGUCUUAAUCCCAAACCGGAUGACUGGUGAAUGCCAAUCUGCAAACUGCCCUGGGACUACAGCCGAAUUUUUCUUUAAAUGUGGAGCACACCCAACCUGCGACAAGGAAACGUCAGUAGCUUUGAACCUGAUUACGACAAACAGUCGAGACAUCACCUGCAUAACGUGUACCGACAUCAGGAGCCCUGUCCUGGUUUUUCAGUGCAACCACCGCCACGUGAUUUGCUUAGACUGUUUCUACUUAUACUGUGUGACAAGACUUAAUGACCGGCAGUUUAUCCAUGACCCUCAGCUUGGCUACUCCCUGCCCUGUGUGGCUGGCUGCCCCAACUCCUUGAUUAAAGAGCUCCAUCACUUCAGGAUUCUUGGAGAAGAGCAGUAUAACCGAUACCAGCAAUAUGGUGCUGAAGAGUGUGUGCUACAGAUGGGGGGUGUGCUGUGCCCCAGCCCCGGCUGUGGAGCGGGGCUGCUUCCCGAGCCAGGCGUGACGAAGGUCACUUGUGAAGGGGGCAGCGGUCUGGGCUGUGGGUUCGUCUUCUGCCGGGACUGUAAGGAAGCGUACCAUGAAGGUGAAUGCGGCACCCUAUUUGAAGCCUCAGGAGCAGUUACUCAGGCUUACAGAGUUGAUGAGAAGGCUGCGGAGCAAGCUCGGUGGGAAGAGGCCUCCAAAGAAACAAUCAAGAAAACCACCAAGCCCUGUCCCCGUUGCCAUGUGCCUGUUGAAAAAAAUGGAGGAUGCAUGCACAUGAAGUGCCCGCAGCCGCAGUGCGGGCUGGAGUGGUGCUGGACCUGCAGCUGUGAGUGGAACCGCGCCUGCAUGGGAGACCACUGGUUCGAUGUGUAGCCUCAGCCCCGCGAGCGGGCGCCCCCUGCCGUCCAACUUGGAAACGUACAAAGGGUCCUGCCAUUCCCCGCUCUUUCUCCAAACUCUCUCUCUCUCACGCAUGCACGCGCGCACACGCACACACACACACACAGACACAGCACCCCUCAAGCUCCUUCCAAAGCCACAAAAACAAAGUUACAGGAGAAGCUCCUGGGAUCCCUUUCUUUGUGCCCUCGAAAAACAACAAGAAGUAUUCUCAGGCCUCAGCAGUACGCAGACCGCGGAGCACAGAGGAAGGCGCAUCCACCUUUUGUAUGGAUUGUCAUUUUCGCGGGAAUUCAAGGCACGCUGGGUUUAAGUACGCAGAGAGAGAUUUCUCAGGUUUAAUUUCCUGCUUCGUACCUUCAGCAAAGAUUGGGAAGAAGCCAUUGGUGAGGAAAUAGUUCGGAGGGACUAUUGUCGGUGGUUCUAAGUUGGCCGACAGUGGGUUCUGAGAACUAUAUUCUCCACUUUAAGAGCAAUGCUUUUAUUUAAAUUAUCAGAGAGCAUCUAUUCGCAAAGAACCACAGGCAAUAGUCAAACUCUGUGUUUAUCCCUAAGAAUUCUACCUUUAUAUAUCGCAUGGAUGGAAUAUCAACUAUGCAUACAUCAGCUUGUCAACUAGUGAGAAAUUAUGAAAGUUAAUUUGAAUGUUGAAUGUUGACAUUAUAGGAAAGAAAUCAAAACUUCAUGUACUUUUCCUUCCAUUUAAUUAUUUGAGACCUUAGGAAGAAAUUGUUUUUCUGAAAAUAUUACGAAGUCUGUAAUUUGAUUUUAAACAUUCACUUUGCAGCUUGGGGAAUAAGCUAGUACAUUUGGCUUCACUGUAAACUUAAUGGGUAAGGUGCCUGUAGAGGAGACAUGUUUAGAAAUGGCUU